AUGCUGUUUUCAAAGGACACACUCAAGUCGUUUGCACAGUCGAAAGGAAUAGCAAACAUCGACGAUGAUGCAUUGAGAGUGCUAUCCCAGGACCUAGAGUAUCGUAUUAAGGAGGUGUGCCAAGAGGGAGGGAAGUUCAUGCUUGCGUCUAAAAGGUCGAAGCUAUCGAUCGACGAUAUCAACUAUGCGCUGAUCAGCAGGAAUGUUGAUCCGCUGUUUGGAUACGAUCCGCAGGAGAGCCUUGUGUUCAGAGGGCUGCCAUCAAAUGCAUACUAUGUUCCUGAUGAGGAGAUUGAUCUUGAGGAGUACCUUGACCGUCCACUACCAAAGAUUCCCUUGAGGCCUUCAAUCCAAUCUCACUGGCUAGCAAUCGAGGGUGUACAGCCACAGACUCCGCACAACCCAAUACUGCUUGAAAAGCCUACUGUGAAGAAGGAUACGCUUGGGAUGUACCAAGAAGAGCUCGAGCUGAAGUCACAAAACAAGCACAUGCUUACAAAAGAGCUGAGCAUGUACUUUGACAAGAUCAUCCAGGCAAUGGAGACGGAUGAGGAGACGGCCAUUAACUGCCUGCAUAACGAAAGCGGCAUCCAACAGCUUGUUCCGUACUUUGUGCAUCACUUUAACGAGCAGAUAGUGAAGAACAUAAAAAGCAAGGACCGGCUAAGAACAAUCACAAUGAUGUACUAUUCGUUGCUAAGGAACAAGUACAUAUUUAUUGAUCCAUAUCUACACCAGAUCUUGCCAUCGCUUAUCACAUGCGUGAUUGGGAAGAGCGUGGAUGAUGAAGUCAGAAAGGUAGCUUCCGAAGUAGUCAAGCAUGUGUUCAGCAGCUUUUCAUGCUCAUACAAGACACUUGCGCCACGUAUCAUCAACACAUUGAGCAAAGCAUGGCUUGACAAGCAAAAGACAGAAUCGACGCAAUGGGGCGCACUGUUUUGUUUGAGCAUACUCUCCGAGCAUGUUGUAGAGACAGUCAUAAAGCCAAAAGCAGAUUACUAUCGAGAGGAAAUCAGCAACCCACGAGUAUCUGAUCUUCUAAGCAAGAUUUUGCAUAAAUAA